AUGAUAUGUGCUCCAUUUGUUGGGAUGAACCAUCAUGGUAAGAAUGUCAUGUUUGGUAUGGGUUUUAUUCUUAAUGAGCGCACCGAGUCUUUUGAUUGGUUGUUUGACACAUUUUUGCACUCAAUGGGAAGGAAAAGUCCCAUUACAAUUAUGACUGAUCAAGCACAAGCGAUUGCAGCGGGUAUAAGAAACAUUUUUCUUUCAACUGUUCAUCAUCGUUUAUGUGUAUGGCAUCUUGAACAAAAUUCUAAGAAACACAUUGGAGCAUUGAGAGCUUUGGAAGGCUUUACAGAUUUGUUUGGAUAUCUUUUGAAGUAUUGUGAAACUCCUGCUGAAUUUGAAUAUUUCUGGAAAAGGAUGUGUCAUAAAUACAAAUGUGAAAAUGAUGAUUGGUUAUGUGAUUUGUAUAAAAUAAAGGAAAUGUGGUGUCCUGCUUAUUCUAAGAAGUAUUGGUCUGGUGGUAUAUUGCCCUAUCAACGUAGUGAAACUACUAAUAAGUCAGUUUCACAACGUCUUAAUAAGACUCAAGGUUUAUGUGAUUUUUAUCAUGUUUUUCUUGAUGUCGUUUCUGAGUGGAGAAGUAAGGAAGGUGGAAGAGAUUACAAUACUUUGAGGGGUAAUAGGCACCUAGCUUUUGCUAAUAUUGGUAUAUUAGUUCAUGCAAGAUCAUUGUACACUAUUCAAGCUUAUGUGCUUUUUGAAGAGGAGUUCAUUAGGGGGACAACUUAUGAUCAUGUUGAUAAUGGUUUGUGUUUUCCAGAAUAUUCAUAUCUUCUUUGGAGGCCUGGGAAGGAUAUAAUUAAGCAUGAAGUUGUUUUUAAUAAGGAAACACAUGCAGUUUGUUGCACAUGCAUGUACUUUACUAAGACUGGUUUACUUUGUUCUCAUUCUCUUCGAGUAAUCUUUUGCAUUGUGUGCGUAAUAUUCCACAAGAGUAUAUAA